AAAUCACAUACAAUUCAUCUUCUCUUUCCAAUCUAACCAUUCCUGCAAGCAUGUUUUGUAAUUUUUUCAUCCAGUCUCGAUUUUAUUAGUAGUUUUUGAGCAGCGGAUUCAUUAUUAAAAAAUAAGAGAAAUCGUCCAUGUAGAUCAUUUGCGUCGUUAUUAAAAUGAUCAAUCCAAAGUAGCUAAUAAAAGAUUUCUGCUUGGACCUUGUUGUAUUCGAGAUAAAGAAAUACAAUGUCCAUAAAACGGCAAGCUACCACUGAACUUAACCAUGAAAAUUGGGAUCAAGAUGAUCCCAGUGAACAGGACGAAAUAGGGACAUUCAAAGCUGCACCCAAGGAUGUCCUUGAAAAACGUGUGAUCAGGACUGCUAAGAGGCGAUCUCAUAUGUCCGGCAAUGAGCCAAACAAGACAGUCUUCAGUGGAUUUGGUGGUUUCAACAAGACACAGCCAUCAUCAUUUGAUUUUUUGUCAAAUUUAACAAAUGGAAAUAAGAAUUCACUAUCUCCAGCAAAUAAAAGUGAUACAACUGUUACAUCAACAAUAUUCAGCAAUACACCAAUUUCCAGCAAUUCAAGCAAUGGUAUAUUUGGUGUGCACCCACCAGCUGAGCCCAAACCUAUGUUUGGAUUGGGAACAAAUCAAAUAACUCCUAUGUUUGGGAGUACUACAUCAAUUUCUUCUGCUACCAGUGCUCCGUCACUAUUUACUGCUUCCAAAGCAGACUCAACUGUUAGUGAUUCACCGUUUAAAAUUCAAACCACUACAAGUUCACCCAGUGGCAAGAAUGAGACUAAACCUAAUGUAUCAGUACCACAAGUGUCGUCCACUAUGUUUGGUGGAUCAACUACAAAUAGCAGCAAAUUAUUUACAGGAACAUCAAGUUCAUCACCAUUUAGUAUAAAACCUGUUAUUGGAGGAGCACAAAGCAGCUCUGGAUCAUUGUUUACAACUGGUAACAACUCUAGCUCUACUAAAGAGGACAAGCCAGCACAGAAAGAUGAUGAUAAAAAAAUAACUUACUGUUCUAAGUUGAAAGGACUAAAUGAGUCUGUGUCUGAUUGGAUCAAAAAACAUGUUGACGAAACCCCAUUUUGUAUUCUUACUCCAAUAUUCAAAGACUAUGAAAAGUACUUGAAGGAAAUUCAAGAUGAAUAUCAAGGAGAAACAAAAGAGCCUAAAACAAAGCUUGUUACAAAUGUAUCAACAUUCCAAAUAGAAAAUAAUAUAUCAAAAUCGACAGGUUUUUCACUUGGCAGCACUUUGAAUAACUCUGAAAGUGGAGAAUCUAAAACUGAAGCAUCUAAACAAGUAGGAUUUGGUAUUCCAAUGAUAGCAACAACAACAACAGCAAGUUCAUCAUUAUUUUCGACAAACACAGUUACAAACUCUAAUGGGACUACACCAUUUUCAUUCGGUAUUGGAAAGCCAUUCAGUUUUAAUUCUAAUGUCCAAGUGCCAGCCACUACAGAACCUAAAACUAAUGAUAAUGAAGAUGAGGAUGCACCACCUAAAGUAGAAUACAAACCUAUAGCAGAGGAAAACAGUAUUUAUGAACAGAAAUGUAAAGUUUUUGUUAAGAAAGAUGGAAAUUUUGUUGAUAAAGGUGUUGGUACUCUUUACAUUAAGAAAAUUGAAGAAAACAAUAAACAUCAGUUAUUAGUUCGCGCAAACACCAGUUUGGGAAAUGUUUUGAUCAAUUUAAUUCUUGCUUCUGCAAUACCAACCCAGCGUAUGGGCAAGAAUAAUGUUAUAAUGGUUUGCAUUCCAACUCCAGAUUCCAAACCUCCACCUGUUCAAAUACUUAUAAGAGUAAAGACUACAGAAGAAGCAGAUGAGUUACUAGAAAUGCUGAACAAAUACAAAUCAUAAAUAAAGUAGCUUGAGUAUUAUUUUCAGGCAAGAAAAUUGAAAUUUUCAUAAUUAUUAUCAUUUGAUUUAAUGAUUUUUGUUUACAUUGCUCGUUACAAAUUAUGAAACACAAUAUGGGUUGUUAUGAGUUAAUUAACAAGUAAAAUUAGACCUAUUAACUAAGACCGAAGGAACAGAAAGCCUAACAGUUGAGUGUGUGGCUUAUCAGUCUUUCAAGACUGCUAGCUCUGUCUAUCCCGCAAGGAAUAAAGACGUGAUUAUAUAAAUGAAUGAAAAGACUGUAGAAAUAUUUUUUAAGUAUUUUCUAGUAUGAAUUAGUAAUUACAUUCUUAAAUAACAGACAAAACUUGCAAAAAAGUAGAAAGUACCCAUGAUUCUAUGCUGCUGCUGUAUUGAGUUUCUAUGAUAUAUCCUAGAACAAAAGUUAGACUAUUUAUGAUUUGGCGCAUAUUUAACGCAUGCGUAUAUACCUUUAUUUUAUCUCUCACUAAUAAAAGUAAAAGUUUAAAAUCAGUUAUGACCAUAACAGAAAACUAUGUUAACUAUAAUAAUCCAAUAUUACCUUACUUAGUAGUACUUACAUGUUUUUUAAAGUCAUCGUGUAGUAAUAACUUAAUUUUUAACUCAAAAUUUAUAUUGAAUCAGUUUUUAUAAUGUAAAUCAAGUAAUAAUUGUACAUGAGGAAAUCUGGAAUAUAAUAAGCUUGUAUUGAUUUUAAA